AUGGGUUCCCUCCGCGCCCGCGAGGGCCGCCGGGACCUAGGGAGCCCGCAGGGCCGGCGGGCCCCCAUUGGGCGGAUUGAACGCGAGCGCGGCGCUGAUUGGCUGGCCGGGCGCGGCUUUGCAACAUUCAAACCGGGCAGCCCGGCGAGCGGCGGGGGUCAGCAUCCUCAGAUGCCCAACCUGGCCCAAAGAGGGGGCAUUUUGCACUGGAAGAAGGCAUUCUGCCAGACCCUGAGGUCCCUCCUGGAACCGUCUCACCUGGAAGCUGGCCGGGAAGCACGCCGGCCGCCAGUGUCGGGCAACCAGAGUUGGGGCCAGGUGUACGAGGACCUGAGGUACAAGCUGGCCCUGGAGUUCCCCAGCGGGUACCCCUACAACGCGCCCACCGUCAAGUUCCUCACCCCCUGCUACCACCCCAACGUGGACCUGCAGGGAAACAUCUGCCUGGACAUCCUCAAAGACAAGUGGUCGGCCUUGUACGACGUCCGGACCAUCCUGCUCUCCAUCCAGAGCCUGCUGGGAGAACCAAACAUCGAAAGCCCCCUCAACACAGAUGCUGCAGAGCUCUGGAAGAACCAGGCAGCUUACAGGAAGCAUCUCCAUGAAUCGUAUGCAAAGCAUAUGAAGAGCCAGGAUCCCUGAUGCCCACCUGCCUCCCCCUCGCCCGCUUGUUCCUGCCUGUGGUCGUCACCCCGGUGGUGUCUCUCCCCACCCACACCCGCUCCGCCUCCGGUUCUAUCCUUGGAGUGAUCUGUACAGGAAUGCCGCCUUGUAUUAUAGGUUGUUUUUAAAUUUAUUUGGCAUUUUGUCCUGCUGCUUAAUGUAUAAAUAAAUGUUUCCUCCUUUUUUAAAAAACAAAACUAUCCCAG